CCCCGUGCAUAUGUUCCUGCUCUGAUAAGAGAGUCUCCUAGUGCUCUCUUGUCCCGUCUCUCUCUGUCUCUCUCCAUCCGUCUCUGUGCAGACAGACGGUCGGCAGCAUGUCGGACUCCAGUCCAGCUCCGGCACAGAGCAAAAGCAAAGCUAAACCCUGCAAGAGAGGCAGUUUACCCAGCAGGACCAGCCCGGAUAUGUUUGGCUCUGCUGACGUGAGGCCUUUGAUGUCCCAGCGCUCUCUGCCCGGCACACCAGUCACCCACAAACACCUGCCCAUCAACCUGCGCACAUCCAUGGACGGCAAAUACAAGGAGAUCGCGGAGGAGCUGCUGGCAAGGAGUCUGACGGACAGCGACAUGCGUUGCGCUCCGUACGAGUUUCCUGAAGAGAGUCCCAUUGAACAGCUGGAGGAGAAACGCCACCGUCUGGAGCGACAGAUCAGUCAGGACGUCAAGCUUGAGCCCGAGAUUCUGCUGCGAGCGAAACAAGACUUCAUGAAAAUAGACAGCGCAGCAGACCUGGAGAGUCUGAAGGACAGUCAUGUGGACGUGGUGGACCAGCACCAUAUGGAGCAAGAGCCGCUGAUGGAGAAAAACUUCCAGCGCGUGUCCAUCUCAGGAGACGAGAAGUGUGGGGUGCCGUUCACGGAUCUGGUGGAUGCAGCGAAGUGUGUUGUGAAGGCCUUGUUCAUCAGAGAGAAGUACAUGGCUGUGUCUCUGCAGACCUUCUGUAAAACCACGGCACGAUCCCUGCAGGAGCUCGGCCAGAGACCGCCGGACAUCGACGCGCUCGAGGACCUUCACGACAGUCCCGUCGACUCAGACAUGUCCGUUCACCCGCCGGUGUCAGAAACACACCCGUACGAGGGCCAGGACAUGAAGAACCUGCCGCCGGACUCCGGAUACAGCUGCAGGAUGGUGGAUGGAGUCAUUCACGUCUACACUGCACAAAACCCCACGGACGAGAGCACCGAGCUGGACCUGCCGUAUCCAGACCUGCAGGAAUACAUCGCCGACAUGACCCUGAUGAUGGCGCUCAUCAUUAACGGCCCCGUAAAGUCGUUCUGUUACCGGCGGCUGCAGUAUCUGAGCUCUAAGUUUCAGAUGCACGUCCUGCUGAACGAGAUGAAGGAGCUCGCCGCGCAGAAGAAGGUGCCACACAGAGACUUCUACAACAUACGCAAGGUGGACACACACAUCCAUGCCUCGUCCUGCAUGAACCAGAAGCACCUGCUGCGCUUCAUCAAGCGCGCGAUGAAGAAAUAUCCGGACGAGAUCGUGCACACGGAGGGCGGCCGCGGACAGACGCUGAUGGAGGUGUUUGAGAACAUGAACCUGACGGCGUACGACCUGAGCGUGGACACGCUGGACACCAUAGCUGACAGGAACACCUUCCACCGCUUCGACAAAUUCAACUCCAAAUACAACCCCAUCGGAGAGUCCAUCCUCAGAGAGAUCUUCAUCAAGACCGACAACCACAUCCACGGGAAGUACUUCGGACACAUCGUCAAGGAAGUGAUGUCAGACCUGGAGGAGAGUAAGUAUCAGAACGCUGAGCUGCGUCUGUCCAUUUACGGACGAUCCAUGGAUGAGUGGGACAAACUAGCGCUGUGGGCCGUCUCUCACUCCAUCUACUCCGACAACGUGCGCUGGCUCGUGCAGAUCCCACGACUCUUGUGAGACACACACACACACACACAGACACACACACACACAGACAAACAGACACAGAC